UCUUUAUUCAGCUUAUUAUACUGCAGUUAGAACCACAAGAAGAUAAAUUAAUCAUACAAAAUAAUGUUAUUUUCAAUAGGGAUGAUAUACAAAAAUAGCCAUUAGAUAGAGUUGUAUGCAGUAAUUGACGUAAACAGUGCCGUCAUUAGAGUUUGUGGGGCCUACGAUAAAAAUAGAUAUGAAAAUCUUUAAUAAUCUCAUUACAUUAUUAAUUAAUCGUUGUAUGUUGCCACGUUGUAUAGUGCCACAUCGAAUAUUAUUACUUUGUAUAUUAUCAAAAAAUAUAAUAUAUAGAUUGAAUUUCAUUUAAUUAAUUUUUAUAAAAUAUGCAAGACUAAGUGUAAGACCAAUGAAACGUUGUAUUUAUCCAUCGCUAUUGGCGGUACUGGACGUAAGAAUUAUCAAAGCUGUUUAUCGAUAACAAAUAAAACUUCGGUCAGUAUCUUCUUCGACUUCGGACGCUUUUGGUCAGUGCUAUCCGACAUGUUUGCUAUACAUAUCAUAAAAAUUUCCUAUUACGUGCAAAACGUAGUUAGUUAACAAAUAGCAAUGUAAUCUUGCCAACAAUUUUCGGUACUUCGAAUUUGCUCGAUAAUUGUUUUUCAAGAGCCACGAUUGCGUUCUUAUCUCUCAAGUCGAUCGACCUUAUCGCGAUUGCCAGAUUAGCGUUAAUCGGAUGAGUGUUCCCGGCAGUGUCAGACAGUGAACGUAUCCCGUCUGUCAUCUGAAAAUGAUCACCGCGGUCCAGGCGAAACUUGCCUCGAUGAUCGCUAUCGGUGCCGGUAGCUUCAUCGUCGGCGUUGCACCAUCAUGUUUUGUAUCGCGCGUACGUUAUCUACAACAGAAACUGUUGCUUUCGUGCACUCUUUGUUUUGGUGGCGGUGUUUUGCUUGCGACCGCGAUUCUUCACAUGUUACCGGAAAUCCGUGAGUCUAUGCCGGAUUACGCGGAGCUGUUAUUCUCUUGUGGUUUUCUUCUUUUGUACCUCAUAGACGAGACUGUUCACUACUUUUGGAACACCGACGACCAGCGCGUACAGCAAUCGAACUCUAGGCCCUGCGACUGGAGCACGGCAAGUCAAGUAGAGCGUUGCCGAAAUCACUCACAUCAGAUUGGUCCUACGACAAGCAAUCGGCCCGUCAGAAGUGUCUCUAUAUUUGACGUCAAUCCGAAGGCACCAUAUCGUCAAAGUGUUCUCGGGAAUGGAACGAGCUCUGCGUACUCAAAAAGCUCUACAUAUGGGGCAGUGCAAUAUGGACCUUCUGCGCCUACUUUCAACAAUGAGGAGACCUUCUUAUGCCAUGGGACUCAUUCGGAACCGUGCGCCAAUAAUACCAAUACUAACCUUAUGGGCCUUUUGUUGGCACUUACCGUUCACGCUGUUCUCGAGGGAUUGGCGGUCGGCUUACAGAAAGUAGUGUCUGAGGUAUUUCUACUGGUUGGUGCAGUAGCCUCUCACAAGUUCGUGGUCGGUUUUUGUUUAGGAUUAGAAUUAGCUGGAGCCAAUAAUUCUCUUCUUAGGAUAAUAUCAGCAAUUUUUGUGUUCUCUGCUGGGUCUGCAGUUGGCAUAGGAAUUGGAAUGCUGACGUUCAAAAUGGACAACAAAUGGACGAACAUCGUUCUACCCAUUUUACAAGGUUUAGCUGGAGGAACCUUGUUGUACGGAACGGUUAGCGAAAUUUUGCCAAGGGAAAGAGCAAGAUGGCAUAACAGCGAGCGUCGUUGCGCGGGUAUUUUACAAUUUUUCUCUGUGAUCCUCGGUUUUGUUCUUAUUUACGUUCUGAACAAUUACGUGGGCUCGUAAAUUCGAUACGUUUUUUCAAUUUCUUCAGAAUAAAGGUAAAUGUCUAGGUAAAUGUCCCUAUACUAGUUGUGAGACAUCCUGUAUAAGUACACAUACAUAUGUAUAAUCUCGUGAUGGUCAAUAAAGAGGUCGUCACUCAUUUUUUUUAUAAAUUGCAUUGACAAUCAAUUGACAUAAAAAACUUAGAGUGAUCAGUAUCUCAUAAAAAAGUUUGUAUAUGUUGGUCGAAAAAGCUCGUUUUUAAACGAUCACGUUCUUACAUGUCCGAUAAUAGGAUCAUUUACCUAAGUUGUAUGGAAAUUGAAGUAAUUUAAUAUCCGUUGGUA